CUGCAGCUGAACUUGUUGCUUUGUGACUCUGGAAUAUCUGAGGGGUCAGGGACUGUAGUCUGACGCUCUGCUCAGGUUUCUGCUUGGAUGGCCAUGUAAAAUUAGCACAUAAACAUGAUCAGCAACAUACUGGGUAUUCAGUAGACAAGAUUUCCUUUGAAACAACACUGCUCAGGACGUGCAUUUAACUUGUAUUGAGGAAAGUAUGAAAAGAAAAUGAUAGAAGAAGAAAAUGAAGAAGAAAUUAAGUAUAUUGGAAGUCCAACAGAAUCUAUUUGGUCAUGGACGCAGACCAUGAAUUACGUUGGGCAACUGGCUGGGCAGGUGUUUGUCACAGUGAAAGAGCUUUACAAAGGAUUGAAUCCUGCAACUUUAUCAGGGUGUAUCGAUAUCAUCGUAGUCCAACAGCCUGACGGAAGUCUCCAAUGCUCUCCAUUUCAUGUUCGCUUUGGAAAACUUGGUGUGCUCCGUUCCAGAGAAAAAGUGGUGGAUAUAGAAAUCAAUGGAGAGCCUGUGCAAUUACAGAUGAAACUUGGAGACAAUGGGGAAGCAUUUUUUGUUCAAGAAACAACAAAUAAAAAGGCAAAUGUUCCUUUACACUUGAACACUUCACCUAUCCUUGGAUCAGAAGGUGCUGUGCUAAAAGAAGGAACAGGAAGACUGAGAGAUUCUACUGGAUCCACGCACACAUCUGUACCAAUUCAUGUAACGCAGGCUACUCCAGAGAACCAACUGAGUAACAGCUCUGCAAAGAAAAGAAGGAAAAGGAGGCGCAAGUCAAGAAUGGAUAGUGUAAAACGAGAUAACCGUGAUACUUCAGAGAAUGAAGAUAUGUUUCCUAUUGAAAUCAGCUCAGAAGAAGAGAUUGAAUUCCCUGAAAUUGUCAGGAACUCCACAAAUACUUGCAGUGACCAGAGUCUUCGGGUCCAUCCACUUUCUGACAGCGAAUGUUCCUCCAGACCUGGUCUGCCUGUAGAAAACAAUGAACGUACUUCACAUCUUUUGGUUCCCGUUGCUGGAGGCUUGUCUAGCUCUUGUCCACAGCCAUCGCCUCUUUUUUCAUCUUUGCUCAGGGUUGCAAGAUCCCGUCCUCCAACACCGAACAGUGAUUCUGAAUUGGUUAGCAAGCCAUCUGAAAGAGGGAUGAAUAGAAUAAACACAGAAAUGCAUUGGGCAUGGGGAGAACUACCGCAAACCAGCAAGCUCAUAACUCAUCAGAAAACUGAAGAACCUAAUCUGGUAAACAUCACUCCAUCUGGAAACACUCACUUCAGAGUGAUCGAGAGCGCCCCCUAUGUAAACACACACAACAGUUCACCAUCUCCCCCUCCUCUAGUGAAACCUGAGCCUCUAGCAGUAAAAGAGAUUGCUUCUCAGUCAAUGGUCAAUUUUACAUGCAGUUCAGAAACCUUUGAACCCUUGAGAGCUCCAGUUGUGACAGAAAAUCAGGAGCCAGUCCAUACUGGCAACCAAACGAAACAAGUCAACAAAACCGAUUCCCCGUCCAAGAAGAAAGAUAAAUGCAGUCGUCACCUGGGCACAGAUGGUGUUUACCUGGAUGAUAUCACUGAGAUGAAUCCUGAGACUGCAGCACUUUAUUUUCCAAAAUGUGAAAAUGGCGCAGCUAACCGGAAUGAGCCUGGAGAUGGAGUGCAUUCAGAAAAUCAGUCACCGCACACUAUAGGCAGCUCUGGAAUGGACAGUGGAGUUGACAGUUUCUCUGAUACUACUGGGGACCUACCAACCAUUGCUAUUUCACUCUGCGGUGGGCUUAAUGACUACAAAGAAAUAACAAAAGAACAAUUUUUGCAGCACUCUGUCACAUACCAACAGUUUGCAGAGAAUCCAGGAAUGAUUGAUGAUCCCAAUCUGGUUGUGAAGAUCGGAAACAAGUAUUAUAACUGGCCAACAGCUGCUCCCAUGCUUCUAGCUGUGCAAACAUUCCAGAAACCAUUGCCAAAGGUGACAGUGGAAAAUCUGAUUAAAGAAAAGAUGCCUAAGAAAGGAGGCAGAUGGUGGUUUUCAUGGCGUGGGAGGAACACCAAAGUGAAAGUGGAACCAGAAAUUGAGCAGAAUGGAAGUGGGCAGGAUACAAGACAGCAAUCUGCACAUCCUGGGAGCAGGUUAAAAGAUGAAUCAUCAUCCAGCGAUGAAGAUGUGCGAAUGAUCAACCAAAAUUGUAAUGCAGGCCAGCAAGAUCACAACUUGUCAUCUGUGUCAUACAUUUCAUAUGUGAAAUCCCUUCGACUUAGUUCUGAACAACUUAAAAGCCUCCAGCUAAAGGAAGGUCCAAAUGAUGUUGUGUUUAGUGUCACAACACAAUAUCAGGGCACAUGUCGUUGUGAAGGUACUAUCUAUCUCUGGAAUUGGAAUGACAAAAUAGUUAUUUCUGAUAUUGAUGGAACAAUUACAAGAUCUGAUGCCUUGGGUCACAUUUUGCCUACACUUGGUAAGGACUGGACACAUCAAGGAAUAGCAAAACUGUAUCACAAAGUUAGCCAUAUGUGGAAAGAUGUUUUCUCCUACAAACAAGUCGGAGUUCCAAUAAAUAGAAUUUUUACCGUCAAUCCUAAAGGUGAACUAAUACAGGAGCAUGCAAAGACCAAUGUAUCAUCUUACGUAAGGCUGAGUGAAAUAGUUGACCAUGUGUUCCCUCUGCUAAAGAGAGAGCAUUCCUCUGACUUCCCUUGCUCUGAUACCUACAGCCAAUUCACUUUCUGGAGAGAACAGCUGCCAAAUGUGGAAAACCUCAAAGCUCCCCAGGAUUAAACUCUGCACGUUGUGAAAUGGUUUUUGUUCAUUAAGUGCUCGCAGCCAUUGCUCAUGUUGAGAUAAGCUGAAAGUAAUGUAAUAGGAAAGCUGCUAUCCCUUCACUGAACUUUUUUUUUACUUUAUGAACUGUCCUUCUGUAAGGAUAUUAUUACAGGUUAAGAAUGAAGUUACUUGAUAGAGGUAUGUUAAACACCAGGUUUCAUAAGGAGAAAUAACUUUUUAUUGUCAAUAUUUUGUGUAACGUGUUCCAAGUUGAUGCCAGUUAAUCUUUUUUAAAAGAUUACCAUCCACUCUUAAACACUCCUUUUUGUGGUCUUCAGAAAUAUUCACCAAGUUUUCCUCAACAGAUGUAGAAUUAUUAUUUAUACUGUGCACUUUUGAUUGAUUUACAUUCACCUUUUUUAGAUGAGUUUUUCAUGCCCCAGUAAACACUGCAGCUUCGAAGGCUAAUCUAGUUUAAAUUGUUGAUCUCACCAGCUGCUGUCCACCCAACACUCCCACACGCUUCCACCCCUGUUUUUUUUUUCUCUUUCAUGAAGGUGAUGUCUUAUGCUGGGCUGCAUUUGUGACUGCCGGCUGUUAACUGGACACAGACACACCAUCCCUGUGUUUGUACCUCAGCUGGGCUAGAAGUGAUUGACCAAGUAAACCUCAAUGCUUUACUUUUCCAUAACUAAAGGUCACCGCAGCCUAUUGACAUGUACCUGGUUUUGCCCACCAAGCUAUUGUGGGAAAUAUCAAAACUGUAAAACAAUAUUUAGGUUGAGGCAUUUCUCUCAGGACGGUUUUUAUGUAUUUUAAUUUGAUUAUUGCAUUGACUUUAAUUUUCUGAAAAAUGGAUAGCAAAUAACUUGUUGCUGUUAAAACUUUUAAAUUCUUUGCUCCAGACGUUUUUUAAUACCUAGUUGGAAUACUGGGGUCAAAAUUGUUAAAGCAAAAUACUGCAGUUACUGGAAAUCCUGAAGUAAAAGCAGGAAAUGUUGCAAUUUAGUAAGUCAGGCUAGAGUCAAGGGAGGAACAGGCUUAACAUGUCAGAUUGAGUUCUGAUUUAAAAUUCAUCUAUCUGAAAUUUUCUUCCUUUCCCCUCCUUCCAGCACAUUCCCCUCAGAUGCUGCCAGAGCUGCUGAGAAUUUAGAGCACUUUUUUCUUUUUCACAGCCCUGUAUUAGCCUUUUUUCAUGUAAGGUUGCAGAUGCAAUUGGAUUGCAGGCUGCAAUUCAACAUUGUUGCCUUGCACUGUCAAUAGCAGUCUCUACUCUCUGCCAUGCGCUACAGUAUGGCAUUUAGUUGAAGAGUGAACGGAAUGGACUUUCUCUAACCAUCUGGGUUCAGUACAUAUCCAACAAUCAAAGGGUUUUUUUCUUCCUGGAAAUGGCUUCAACUAGGUGCAAAAAUGUUUUAAGGUCUUUUCGAAGAAAGGAUAAUCUCAUACAUUUGAGGUCAUUGUCUAAUGAGGUGAGUCUGUUUCACUUUUUCUUUGUUGUAACAUUUCCACAAAAAAAACCCCUUUAAUUCCAGGAUAUUGUUAACUGAUCUGAUUUGAGGAAGGGAGAUGUAGAAUGAAUUUUAAAUAUCCUCUGGAAAGCACAAUAACCAUGCAUCCAUAGUGGAAUCCGUAGUUUAUCUUUUUAUUCUUCUGAUACAAUGGUCACAAAGUUAGAAAGUGCCAUUCUUGUGAUGGAUUGUAAUUUGUGCCUGAUUCUUAUCAGCAGCAACUAAACUAGGGGAAAAUCAGGCCCAGAGUGUAAUGUAAAGAGUAUUUUCUUUCUAUGAAAGAUAAGUAAUUACAGAUUUGAAAACAAAGCUUCAAUGUAUUGUUAUUACAAUAUUCUCUCUGAAUUGCAAUGUUACUUUAAGGAAAAUGCUACAUGCAAAUAAAUUACUCCAUAAAAGCGGAAUUGUUAAAAUU